AUGUCUCAUUUGGCCCCCGACUGUGCUGGAUGGUAUAAUUGCCAUUAUGCCACCCCAAUUUUUGCCGCAGCCCCAGUUUGCCUCGCGCCUGCAUCCGACCUGCAGGUGCUGGCUGAGCCUAUCGCUGACUCGGGUAGGUCGCCGAUCAGAUUACAAUGUUUACAGCCCCGGGGCUCUACGUACUGCAAACAUAUGCUUACAUACAUGCUGCGAAAUGGGGCGGAAACAGAAAUGUGGAGCUUCUUGACAGAACUAUGUUGCUGA